GAGGAAGGCGCUGAGGGGCGGGCGGGGGGGGGGGGGAGGAGCGGGAGCGCGGAACGGGAGCGCGCGCGCGGCGGCCGUUGCAGCGCGCGCGGCGGCCGUUGCCGCUCCGCCGGCGCUCCCGCGGCGGGGCACAAGUAUCGCGAGAGGUGCCGCGGCGCCGGCGCUAGAGGUGACCGAGGAGCGGCGGCGGCGGCGGCCCCGGGUGCUGCCCUCCUCCCCCCCCCCCCCCCCCCCCCCCGCUUGUUCCUCCUCCUCCUCUUCCUCGUCCCUCAGCGGGGCGGAGCGGCCAUGGAGAAGGCGGCGGAGGGAGGCGACGGCGAGGCCGGGAGCGCCACGGCGGGGCCGGGGCCACCGGAGGGGGGUAGCGGAGGAAACGGAGCCGGUUCGUCGUGCCCAGCCGGGGCGGUGGGGCCGCGGGGUCUGGUGCGGGUGUGCGACCUGCUGCUGAAGAAGAAGGGGAAGGCGAAGCGCAGCGGGAGGCCCGGCCGGGCGGCCAGCAGCAGCGAGAGCGGCGGCGGGGGCAGCGAGAGCAGCAACAACGGCAGCGAGGAGGAGGAGGACGAGGAGGAGGAAGAGGAGGAGGAGGAAGAAGAGGAGGUCUCCGAGAGACUUCAACGAGCCCUUUGUACUCGCUCCCGCGGGGUUGCGGAGGCCACGGGAGGAAGAUGACCCGCCUGCCCGGGGCAAGGCGCAGAAACGCGUGCCUGAAGCCGUGCCAAGGAGCGGGGCUGUUUUAGGAUGGUGCCUUUGGGCCUUGGCGGUCAACGUCCGGGUACCCCGAGGGGCCGCAGCCCUGACAGCAGCCGCCCCC